UCUAGAGGCGACAAUUUCGAUGAAACUUUGAAUUCAAAAAUGUGGUCGUAUAGCCUAUUGUUGUCGCCCCCGUCCGUCCGUGCGUCCGGCGUCCGGCGUCCACAUUUAAUUGCGGACGCUCUCUAGAGGCUAAUGUUAAUAUUCGAUUGACUUUAAAUUUAUACACAGUGUUUAAAGGAGCUAAAUCGCUAAUAUUUGGGACCUAGAAAUUGAUCCAAAUCAUGUAAUAAUGUAAUCUGAUUGUAUAAUGAACUGGGGGUCACAUGGCUAAGUGGGUAAGACGCUGGCGCGCUAGCCUGGAGGUCGGGUGUUCGAUCCCUGCAUUGGCCGAGAAAGUUCAUCCAGAUCUUCCGGCGUGGUUCCCCCUUGUCAGUGAUUGCAGGAUGGAGGGCCUGACAAGGACAGCUGGCUUUGGAUGAGACGAAAAACCGAGGUCCCGUGUAUAUAUUGGAAUCCAUACUUCCACGUAAUUACUGAUGGGUAUUAUUAUGGUGAGAUGAAGCGUAGGUGUACAUAUCAGCUACCUGUAUUAGAGAGAUUAGUGUAUAUAGUUUGUGGAGUGGGUAGUGUACUUGCUAUUUGUUAUCAUGUUUUAAUAGCUUCAUCUAAAUAUCAGCAUCAUUUAAACUGGCAUGACUUAAAGUCUGGCUGCAGUUUCUUACCAUAUAAAAAGGAUGUUUCAAACUUUGAAUGGACAUUUUGGUAUGGUUAUUUCUGGAAAGCGCUGCCAUGGCAUGUUGGCCACAUUGUGCUAGGAAGAUUGUUAGAAGGAUUGAAUCUUACAAAAUACAGACAACUGUUCUUUCUAACAUUUUCUUUGGUUAGUUUAACCCACCUAUUGGGUUUGAAAAUCAUACUUUUUUAUGUGUUCCACUCGGCCAUAGCUUUUGUGUCAACCAUUUUCCAUAAGAAAGUGAUGGUAUGGGUAAUUUGCCUAACUCUUUUAAUGACAUUAAACCUAGAUUACUUCAACAGCAACAUGAUGGUUCAUGUGUAUUCUAGUCAAGACAAUACUGGGGAUAAAAACUAUUAUUUAUUUGUAUUUUGUUUAGCUCUGGUUAUUCUGCGGUAUAUUAGUUUCUGUUUGGAGAAGUGCGAGUUCAAGAAACCAUUCAAUAUAUACAGUUUUCUAGACAUGUUAAAUUAUAUAUUUUAUUUACCUCUGUUUUUUACUGGUCCUGUGUUGUCAUAUGACCAUUUCUCCCAACAAAUGGCAAAGAAACCUCCAUUAUGGACUCAAACUAGAAUAAAAAUGACAUUAAUAGGGUUUUCACGUGUUAUAUUUUGGGCUGUAUUUAACGAAUUUAUUAUCCAUUACUUAUACUUUGAUGCAAUUCAUCAUCAGCUGGAUUUAUUAUAUAAAAUAUCACUGUGGACAUUAGUGGGUAUAGCCUACUGCCAAGGACAAUUUUUCUUUACAAAAUAUGUAGUUAUGUAUGAACUUCCCGGAGAAUUGGCUAAACUUGAUGGGAUGGUGACGCCUAUUGGACCUAAAUGUGUUUCGUAUGUGUAUCGUUUUUCACACAUGUGGAAAUGUUUUGAUCGUGGAUUUUAUUAUUUUUUAAAAAAGUACAUUUAUAUACCUGUUGGAGGUUCAAAACACGGAUUUGUCUGGCAAUUAACAGGAUCUUUUCUGUGUUUUAUGUUUAUUUAUAUAUGGCAUGGUGCAGAAAUCUACCUUUUAUUCUGGUGUCUACUUAAUUAUCUUGGCUGUACUAUUGAAGUUUUGGGUAGCUGGCUUGUACAGACCAAUAUUUGUAGAAAAUAUUUAGAAAAAAUAGGAAAUGACAAUAAAAGAAGAUUAAAUGGUCUGGUAUCAGUACCACUAUAUCUAAUGUCCGCUAUGGGGAUAUUUUUUUUCUUUGGGGGUAGUGAUGUAGGUAAAAUAUUUUUCCGUCGCUUACUAAUUGAUAUUUCAUGGUCGGGUUUUAUUUUAUUUGUGUUUUUGUUGUAUUGUAAUAUUCAAAAUGCUAUGUUAAUACAAGACUGGCAAUAUAGAAAUAAAGUUAAAAAACUCUAA